AUGGUCGCUGUAGCGACUCAUCAAGUUGCGGUGUACCUGUACAAGCUCGACUUGAAUCUGGGUGGGCACCAGGACUACGCUACGUGGGAAGUGCCAAAGGAUGACAUCGUCUUCUACCAAUAUCAUCCCGAUGGAAAACUUCCCAGCCUCUUCUUCCACAAGCAAUACCGGGAUUACGACCAGUACCCAGAAGGGGCAGCUGAUAUGAGGGAGGCCCAUGAAGACCCCAACGCUGUUUUCUUGCACUCCUUUUCUGAGAACGUAACAUACCGGAUCUGGCAGUUGCUCGACACGCAAAAAAAGGCUUUGCUGGAAUUUCUCCAGUCAGAAGACGAUGUUGAUGAGCAGACAACCUACUCUCAUGGGAAUCUUCUACCGAUGCUACCAGACAAAACCAACCUGACCCGGAUAGACCCCGAGGAACCAAUUACAAGGACUGGGAUCUACCGCGAUCUCUGGGAGCGGAAGCCCCUCGGCGACUCAGACGGGGAUCGUCGGCUGGGCUGCGUCGCGUAUAAUGACAUGGAUUAUCCGACCUUUGCCGACUACGAGAAGGCAUUGGAGAGGGCACAGAAUCGGAGGUAUAGGAUCCUUGACAGGCGGGAAGAAGAAGUCAAGGCGGAGAUCGAGGCAGAGGCACUGGCUGAACAACAGGAAGACGAAGAUGAGGGGGAAAUGGCGAGAGUCUUGAAAACAGGCAAGUGA